AUGACUAUGAUGACGCCGCCCCCUCUCGAGCAGCAGCAGGAGGACGACGAGAUGCUGGUGCCGCACCAGGAGCUCCCUGUUGCUGGCCCGGAAGCUGCCCCACAGCCGAUGGAAGUUGUUGCGCAGACAGAGCCCGCCAACACAGCGGAGAGCCAGCCGCCUGAGGACCCGCAGACGUCGCGCUUCACCUGGACGAUCGAGAGCUUCAGCCGUCUUAACACUAAGAAGCACUACUCUGAUGUGUUUGUCGUUGGAGGAUACAAAUGGCGUGUGCUAAUUUUCCCCAAGGGGAACAAUGUGGAUCACUUAUCGAUGUAUUUGGAUGUUGCGGAUUCUGGGAACCUCCCAUACGGGUGGAGCCGGUAUGCUCAGUUCAGCUUGGCUGUUGUGAAUCAGAUCCACCCCAAGUAUACGAUUCGGAAAGAUACCCAGCACCAAUUUAAUGCACGCGAGAGCGACUGGGGUUUCACAUCAUUUAUGCCUUUGGGUGACCUAUAUGACCCAAGCAGGGGCUAUCUUGUGAAUGACACCGUUGUUGUAGAAGCUGAGGUUGCUGUCCGCAGAAUGGUGGAUUAUUGGACUUAUGACUCGAAAAAAGAAACAGGUUUUGUAGGUCUUAAGAAUCAAGGUGCUACCUGUUAUAUGAACUCUCUCCUUCAAACGUUAUACCAUACACCAUAUUUUAGAAAGGCUGUAUAUCAUAUGCCAACAACUGAGAAUGACAUGCCAUCUGGGAGUAUCCCUUUAGCCCUGCAGAGCCUUUUUUACAAGCUCCAGUAUAGUGACAACAGUGGAACUGUUGUGGAAGGAACAAUUGAACAAUUAUUUGAAGGCCACCACAUUAAUUACAUCGAGUGCAUUAACGUGGACUAUAAAUCUAGCAGAAAAGAAUCAUUUUACGAUCUACAACUUGAUGUGAAAGGUUGUCGUGAUGUUUAUGCAUCAUUUGAUAAGUAUGUGGAAGUCGAGCGUCUAGAGGGUGAUAACAAAUACCAUGCGGAGCGAUAUGGCUUACAGGAUGCAAGGAAAGGUGUGCUCUUCCUCGAUUUCCCUCCUGUUUUGCAGCUUCAACUGAAGCGUUUUGAAUAUGAUUACAUGCGAGAUACAAUGGUUAAGAUUAAUGACCGCUAUGAGUUCCCUCUUCAACUUGAUCUUGAUAGAGACAAUGGAAAAUAUCUUUCUCCAGAUGCAAAUCGAAGUAUUAGAAACCUCUAUACGCUUCACAGUGUUCUUGUUCAUAGUGGGGGAGUACAUGGUGGUCACUACUAUGCUUUUAUUCGGCCAACGCUCUCGGAUCAGUGGUACAAAUUCGAUGAUGAGCGGUUGCCUCAAAUAAACCCUGGUUUCAAUAACACACCAUUCAAAUUCACAAAGUAUUCGAACGCCUAUAUGCUUGUCUAUAUACGUGAGAGUGACAAGGAGAAAAUAAUGUGUAAUGUCGAUGAGAAGGAUAUCGCUGAGCAUUUGCGGGUUGAAAAAGAACAAGAAGAGAAAGAGCACAAGAAGAAGGAGAAGGCUGAAGCUCAUCUCUACACUGUCAUAAAGAUUGCUCGAGAUGAGGAUUUGAAGGAGCAAAUUGGUAAGAAUAUAUAUUUUGACCUGGUGGACCAUGAAAAAGUUCGCAGCUUCCGCAUUCAGAAGCAGUUGCCUUUUACUUCAUUCAAGGAGGAAGUUGCAAAGGAAUUUGGCAUCCCUGUACAGUUUCAGCGCUUCUGGUUGUGGGCUAAGAGGCAGAACCAUACAUACCGGCCGAAUCGUCCAUUGACCCCCCAUGAGGAAGCACAAUCAGUUGGGCAGCUUAGGGAAGUCUCAAAUAAGGCACACAAUGCUGAGCUGAAGUUGUUUCUGGAAGUUGAACUUGGACCAGAGUUAUGUCCAAUUCGUCCAUCUGAGAAGAGCAAAGAAGACAUACUUCUUUUCUUCAAGCUUUAUAAUGCUGAGAAGGAAGAGCUUCGUUUUGUCGGUAGGCUUUUUGUGAAGGCUCUGGGAAAGCCAUCUGAAAUAUUGACAAAACUGAAUGAAAUGGCAGGAUUUUCUCCAAAUGAAGAAAUUGAGCUAUAUGAG